GAAAAGAAGAACCUUUUACCCUCUCUUCUCUACUUCACUUUAUGUAUUGUAGUUCAAAUGAAAAAAAUGAUAAGAGUAGUAGUAUUUUGGGAAAGUCCAUUUUCUUUAGGAUCUAGACUUCUCUUCUCUAACCCAAGUUGAACCUUUCUCUCUUUUUUCAUCACUACCAAGUCUACUUCCUGAACCCUAUAAAUUCACCACCAUCCAAUAGUCAGUCAUUCUUUCACAAAUUUGUUCUGAUCAUCUCAAGUAAUAAUUGAGAUCCAAGAGAAAGGAGAAAUAUGAUGGAAGAAGGCCAGAAGCUAGCAAGAUGGGAAGGUUAUGUAGAUUGGAGAGGAAAACCAGCCUUAAGAGGUCAACAUGGAGGAAUGGUUGCUUCCUCUUUUGUAUUGGUUGUGGAGGUACUGGAGAAUUUGGCAUAUCUUGCGAACUCGAGCAACUUAGUAAUGUACUUGUCGAAAUUCAUGCACCUUUCGCCGUCGAAAUCCGCAAACAAUGUUACCAAUUUCAUGGGAACGGCGUUCCUGUUAGCUCUUCUCGGCGGGUUCUUAUCGGACACUUUCUUUACUACUUAUCAUAUCUACCUGAUAAGUGCAGCCAUUGAAUUCCUGGGCCUAGUGUUGCUAACAGCACAAGCUCGUUCACCAUCACUGAAACCACCAAGCUGUAGUGAUUCAUGCAAUGAAGUAUCAGGAGGACAAGCAACAAUGUUGUUCGGAGGGUUAUAUCUGAUUGCUUUAGGUGUUGGAGGGAUAAAAGGAUCGUUGCCGUCUCAUGGAGCUGAACAAUUCGAUAAUGACACCCCACAAGGAAGGAAACAGAGAUCGACGUUCUUCAACUAUUAUAUUUUCUGCCUUGCUUGUGGAGCUCUGCUAGCAGUCACACUUGUGGUGUGGAUUGAGGAUAAUAAAGGUUGGGAAUGGGGUUUCGGAAUGUCAACUGUGGCGAUAUUUUUAUCCAUCCCAAUCUUUUUGUUCGGCUCAGCACGGUAUAGGAAUAAGGUUCCCACUGGAAGCCCACUGACAACCAUAACCAAGGUCUUGGCAGCAGCAAUGCUCAACAACUGUAGGAGUCCAAGUAAUGCAGUUGCAAGCAUGGUAGCUAGCCCUAACCAUGCAACUAAAACAAGUAAAGCAGCAGAAAAGGAGACAUUUGAUGUACCAAGUAUGAGUCUUAAGUUUCUUAACAGAGCGGUGACAAACAAACCUGCUCAUCCAGCACUAGAGUGCACCUUAGAACAGGUAGAAGAGGUGAAAAUCGUCUUCAGAGUCCUUCCAAUCUUUGCCUGUACAAUCAUGCUCAAUUGUUGUUUAGCGCAACUUUCGACCUUCUCUGUCCAACAAGCAGCCACCAUGAACACUAAGCUAGGCUCCUUGACCGUCCCACCGGCUUCCCUCCCUGUGUUCCCGGUUCUCUUCAUCAUGCUCCUCGCACCACUUUACAAUCAUGUAAUUAUUCCAUUUGCAAGAAAAAUGACCAAAACGGAGAUGGGUGUUUCUCAUCUACAACGUAUCGGUAUAGGGUUGUUUUUGUCUAUUGUCGCAAUGGCGGUGGCAGCUUUAGUUGAAGUCAAGCGAAAACGAGUGGCGACCCAUUCAGGUCUACUGAACUCUGACGAGCCAUUGCCCAUCACUUUCUUCUGGGUGGCAUUGCAGUAUUUGUUUCUUGGUUCAGCUGAUCUGUUUACCUUGGCUGGAUUACUUGAAUUUUUCUUCACUGAAGCUCCUGCAAGUAUGAGAUCAUUGGCUACAGCCCUCACAUGGGCUUCACUGGCAAUGGGAUAUUACCUGAGUUCUGGACUCGUUUCAAUAGUGAGCAGUGUUACAGGGGCAUCGGGGCACACAAGAUGGCUAUCUGGUUCCAACUUGAAUCACUACCAUCUCGAGAGAUUUUACUGGCUCAUGUGUGUUUUAAGUGGUCUAAAUUUCGUACACUAUCUCUUCUGGGCGAACCGCUACAAAUACAGAUCGACACAACAAGGUGCAUAAACGAAGCUUUCUAAUGUCAAAAGAAAUACAAAUUGAGCUGUACUUACCUUUUCAAUCAUGGAUGUUGUCUUCAAAGUCCUCGGAAUCCUGUCGAGAGUAGAGUGUAGAUAUAGGUGGUAAUCAAGGAUGUUAUACCUUUUGAAAGCCAGCUUAGUGUCCUGGGUCUUAAGACCCAUCUUUUGUACUAACCAGUUCUCUUAUAAAAAAACAAAAUACUCCAGAGAUUCAUCUAGUGUAACC